AGUGACGUCACCGCAGCGCGCCUCUUUGUCAUCGCAGCGGGCCGGGCGGAGAGGCGAGGGUCCGGGCGGCAUGGCGCUCUUCCACGUAGCGCGGUACGCGGGCCCCGAGGCUGGAGGGGCGGAGGCCGAGGCGGACGGCAGGGCCCGCGCACUACUGGAGCGGCUGCAGUGCCAGGCCAGAGAACGUCAGAGGCAGAGGCAGUCGCAGCAGCCGGAUCCCGCGGAGGCCACGCAGAUCGCGGAGGCGGCGGGGAGGCGGCGGCGGCGGAGGCCGCGCAGGCCGCGAAGGCACGAGAGCGGGGAGGCGCCGGUGCGCAAGCGGCGGAGAGCGGACGGCGAGGACGCGGGUGCAGAGGACAGCGAGGAGGCGCCGGAGAAGAGCAACGUGGGUACCCGGGCCUCGGGGCCGCGGGAAGACCCAGGCGGACGCUCCCCCGAAGUGGUCUCCGGGCCCCCAGCCCACGCUCUGCUGCUCGGCGGCUUCAGGAGAAGUAAGGUGCCAAAGGCCCAGCCUUUCCUGCCAUCAUGGCUGGCUGAACCAAGCUGUGUUGGGAAGAAUGUCACUGAAGACCUGGUGCCUGUUGAGGACAUCCCUGAGGUCCACCCAGACCUGCAGAGGAAGCUACGGGCACAUGGCAUCUCAUCCUACUUUCCAGUUCAGGCAGCAGUGAUUCCCGCUGUCCUGGAGAGCUUGACCAACGGGUUUUUGGUGGGCAGAGGUGGCUAUCAGCCCAGAGACCUCUGUGUCUCUGCCCCAACGGGCAGCGGGAAGACGCUGGCCUUCGUCAUCCCUGUGGUACAGGCCCUGCUGCAUCGAGCUGUGUGCCAGGUCCGCGCCCUAGUUGUGUUGCCCACCAAGGAGCUGGCCCAGCAGGUGAGCAAAGUGUUCAACAUCUACACAGACGCCACUCCCCUGCGGGUCGCCUUGGUCACUGGACAGAAGCCACUGUCCAAGGAGCAGGAGAGCCUGGUCCAGAAGACAGUAGACGGCUUCCGCUGCCUGGCUGACAUUGUGGUGGCCACCCCUGGUCGCCUGGUGGACCACACCGACCAGACUCCAGGAUUCAGCCUCCAGCAUCUCCGUUUCCUGGUCAUCGACGAGGCCGACAGGAUGAUAGACAGCAUGCACCAGUCUUGGCUGCCGCGGGUGGUGGCAGCAGCCUUCCCAAGUGAGGCUGUCAACGAUCCCUUUGCUCUGCUCCAGAGAAGGCAGCCCCAAGCCGUGACUGCUGCCAGCACCAGCUGUCCCCAGAUGCCACUGCAGAAGCUGCUCUUCUCAGCCACCCUGACCCAGAACCCGGAAAAGCUGCAGCGGCUGGGCCUCUACCAGCCUCAGCUCUUCUCCACAGAGCUGGCGUGUAGGGGCUCCAGAGACAUGAACACAAGUGUGGAUGCAGACUUAGGUGGGAAGUACACCUUCCCCACAGGGCUCACGCACCACUACGUGCGCUGCAGCCUCCGCUUCAAGCCACUGGCCAUCCUGCAUUUGAUCCUCAAGAUGAAUUUCUCCAGGGUUCUCUGCUUCACCAACUCCCGUGAGACCUCGCACAGGCUCUUCCUGCUAGUCCAGGCUUUUGGGGGUGUGUCUGUGGCUGAAUUCUCCUCUCGCUACGGGCCUGGCCAGAGGAAGAUGAUCCUGAAGCAGUUUGAGCAGGGGAAGAUUCAGCUCCUCAUCAGCACAGACGCUACAGCUCGAGGCAUCGACGUGCAGGCUGUGCAGCUUGUGGUCAACUAUGAUGCCCCCCAGUACCUGCGGACCUAUGUGCAUCGGGUAGGAAGGACAGCCCGUGCUGGAAAAACCGGACAGGCCUUCACACUGCUCCUCAAAGUGCAGGAGAGGAGAUUCCUCCAGAUGCUGGCUGACGCUGGGGCACCUGAGCUGCAGCGGCAUGACAGUCCAAGUGAGCUCCUGCAGCCGCUGGUCCCUCGGUAUGAGGAAGCCCUGUCCCAGCUAGAGAGGGCUAUCAAGGAAGAGCGAAAGCAGAAGGCAACCUAGGCUGGGGGCUCUGGGGACAGCGGGAACUGAGCCUGCGGUGGAGCAGCAGUUCCCUCUUGCUGGAGUUAACUACCUUCUCUCUGGAAAAUCCUUGAACACCUACUGCUGGAUGUGUGAGCAAACAGUGGGACCUCUCGGGUGUCCAAGAAGGUGGCGGUGGGAGGGCCUUCCUCCCCAACCAUACCCCGCCCCUUGCACCAGGCCCCUGGACGUGAAGCCCUUUCAUCGCUGCCCCAGGCCCAUGACCAUCAAGGACACACAAGGUCAGCCUCUCAUGGGGUGACCUUUCUGGAAAUAGGACUUUAGUAGAACUGUUAAAAUUACUUCAGAACUGACA